CUUCUCAUAAAAAUGAAGUUGAUAACUCUUUUAAUAAUCUUCUCUUUGGUGCUAGGCAUUGUCUCUGCUGAUGAGCCACAAUGUGGAAGGGAUGCAGAAGGUGCCUUAUGCCGAGACAACUUGUGUUGUAGUCAUUGGGGUUUUUGUGGUUCCACAGCCAUCUAUUGUGAAGUUGAACAAGGUUGCCAAAGCCAAUGUUGGAGUUCACCACCUCCACCAAGCUCACCUCCUCCUCCUCCAAGCCCGCCUCCGCCAAGUCCACCACCGCCUAGCCCACCUCCGCCUAGUCCCCCACCGCCUAGCCCGCCUCCGCCCAGCCCGCCUCCUCCAAGCCCGCCUCCACCUAGCAGCCCAGAAAGACCUGAUCACCGUUGUGGAUCAGACCUUGGAAGUCCUCCUUGUAAUCCAGGAAGAUGUUGUAGUAGAUAUGGGUGGUGCGGCGAUGGAUCCGCUUAUUGUAGUGGGUCAAAUUGCCAAUACCAAUGUUGGAAUUCUCUCCUUUCUGCUCUAAUUCCAAAUGGCAAUAAUGCUAUUAGCAAGAUCAUUAGUAAAUCCGUUUUCGAUGAAAUGUUUAAGCACAGGAAAGAUUGUCCAAGUCGGGGAUUUUACAGUUAUGAUGCUUUCAUCAUUGCUACUACAUCUUUCCCUCAUUUUGGUACAACUGGUGAUAUUACAACCCGUAAGAGGGAGCUUGCUGCUUUCUUUGCUCAAACCUCUCUAGCAACCACAGGUCAACGGUUUGAUUCACAAGAUCCAUAUGCAUGGGGAUAUUGUCAUAUCAAUGAGACCACCAAUGGAAAUGAUAACAAGUAUUGUACAUCUGCUCAUUGGCCAUGUCCUUCUGGCAAAAAAUAUAAUAGUAGAGGAGCCGUGCAGCUCACUCACAAUUACAAUUACGGACUUGCCGGUGAAGCUCUUGGAUUAGAUUUGAUAAACAAUCCCGACUUGGUGGCUACAGACCCAGUUGUAUCAUUUAAGACCGCCAUAUGGUUUUGGAUGACUCAUCACGACAAUAAACCUUCCUGCCAUGAUAUUCUGAUCAAUGCUAAUUCUAAAGUUGGUCAAGUACUCCCAAGCUAUGGUCAUGUGAUUGGUAACAUAAUAAAAAAUUCUGGAUAUCAAAAUGGCCUUAUUACCAAUACUAUUACUACUAGUAAUGGGUACUAUAAGAGGUAUUGUGAUAUGUUGGGUGUGAGCUAUGGAGAUAGUUUAGAUUCUUGGUAUGAUCAAACGCAUUUCUCAGAAGUUGCUCGCAUCUAAGUGCAUGUGCUCUAAAGUAUGAGGACAAAAAUGGUGGCCUUAGACAAAAUAAACUGGGAAUAUUCUAGAUAUAUAGCUAGUUCGCUUCCAUGAUGAGAAGCUAGUUAUCGCUGGCUAUUACAUAAAAUGAGUCUCCUGAGUUUUGUAACAAAGUGGCUCGAUUACUCAGUGAUUGAGCUCUUAUGUUAUAUGAUGAAAUAAAUGUGCUGCCUCUAUGUUUAUAAUA